GCAGGCUUGUGUUCAACUAUAAGAGGCAGUGAGCCGCUUAGAGAGCGAUAGCGAGAAUCGUCAAGCGUCUGUCAAUCGAGAUUCACAAUGAAGGCCUCUACCGCAUUAGCACCCCUCCUCGGCUUCUUGCCCGAAGCCUCUGGGUCAAAUACCACCGCCUGCUGUUCCGCACUUCAAGCCACCUCCCUCCGGGACCACGUUACCUUCCCCAACAGUGUGGCCUACAAUGAGUCCGUGACAUCUUAUUUCGCUGUGAAUGCUCAGCUACACCCCUCGUGUAUUGUUCAGCCACACACUGCAGAUGAUGUUUCGCUUGCCGUCUCGACUCUGGUGCAGGCAGGUGAAUCACAAUGCAAGUUUGCAGUGCGCAGUGGCGGCCACACUACGUGGGCCGGUGCAGCAGACAUCGAGCAGGGUGUCACCAUUGACCUCUCGAUGAUGAACAGCACGACAUACCAUGCAGGCAAGGGCGUCGCAUCAAUCCUGCCCGGCUCGCGGUGGCAGGCAGUAUACAAGGCCCUUGACCCUAACGGAGUGACCGUGCCCGGUGGCCGUGGCGGACCCGUGGGCGUCGGUGGAUUCCUAAUCGGAGGUGGAAACACCUUCUACACGGCGCGCGUGGGCUUUGCAUGCGACAACGUCGAGAACUUCGAGGUGGUCCUCGCGAACGGCUCAGUCGUCAAUGCCAACCGAACGAGCAACUCUGACCUGUACAAGGCCCUGAAGGGCGGGUCGAUCAACUUCGGCAUCGUCACCAACUACGACCUCAAGACCCUUCCCCACGAUGGACUGUGGGGCGGCUUGGUGGUGUACGACAACUCCACGACCGAGCAGCAGAUCUCCGCCGCCGUGAACUUCGUGGACAACAUUCACAACGACCCCUACGCGUCGUGGAUCGGCAUGUGGGAGUACAGCUCCGCGACGGGACAGAACAUCAUCGCCAAUGCGCUGGAAUACACGAAGCCCGUCGCGUAUCCGGCUGCAUUCGACGAGUUUGUUGCCAUCAAGAACACGACCGACACGAUGCGAUUCGCCACCAUCUACAACCUCACCCAAGAACUGGUCCAGGCGGAGGGAUAUCGCGACAUCUUCACAACCGGCACCUACCGCAACGACGCCGAAGUCCUCCGCAAGGCCAUCGCGCUACACAACGAGAACAUCGAGAAAGCCAAGGCCGAGGCCCAAAGCGAGUCCUGGUCCAUGGACACCAUCCACACUGCGGCCCAGGGCGGCAACGUGCUUGGCCUGGAGCGGUUCGAUGAGAACCUCGUCCAGGUCCUCUACGACUACUCCUGGGACGACGCAAGAGACGACGCGCUCUUCACGCGCCUGGGCCGCACCGCGCUGACCGACCUCGACGCCUACGCCCAGUCGAUCGGUGCGGCCAACGAGUACAUCUACCUCAACUACGCGGACCAGUCCCAGAGCCCGCUGAGCGGGUACGGCGAGGAGAACGUCCAAUUCAUCGCCCAGGUGGCCAAGAAGUAUGACCCCCACGGCGUCUUCCAGACCCAGGUCCCCGGUGGAUUCAAGGUCAGUGGGGUGGGGGUCUGAGCGGGACAGUGUUGCACAUGCUUCUCAGUUCGCACCCCGGCU